GCGUCUCCUCAGGCCGGCCGCUGCGCUCGGCGGCGCGGAAUAGAAUGAACUCUAACAAAACAAGCCGAGCCUUUGUAUCUGCUUAAAGGGGCCGCGGGCACUUCUCUCCGGUCUUCUCCACCCCCGCCCCGGCACCGCGUCUCCCGGGCUCCCGGCAACUGACUGGAAGGGCUUCCCUCGCCUUCUGGAACAGCCCGUCCGCCCGCGAGGAGGAGAGGCGAGCCGGGCGGGAGACAGAGACGGAGACGAGAGAGAAGCCAAGCGGCGCUGAGUGGACUCUGACCCGGGAGAGCCCGGGCCGGCGCCCGAUCGUGCCCGGAGAGGCACCGGCAUGCAGACAAAGCUGGCGGGCGCGCGUGCGGGGCUCGCGGGGAAGCCCGGAAAGUUUGUUGGGUGAUGGCUGGAGUGCGCGAGUGCGUGCAGGGGAAGCGAGCCUGCCAAGUUUCCCGCUCGCCCUUCGCUCCCUGAGGCGAGAUGUGCCUCCCGUGAGCCCCGCAAGACGCCUCGGGACGGGGGGCUUGUGCUGCAGGGGAGGGGGGCACCUGUCUCCGGCUUUCUUCUCGUCCUUUAUUUACUGAUUUUGGGGGGUUGGUUGAGGGAGAGGGGGAGGAGAGGUGUUAAGCAGUCAUCAUGUCGAAAGUGAUCCAGAAGAAGAACCACUGGACUAGCAGGGUUCACGAGUGCACCGUGAGGCGCGGACCCCAGGGCGAGUUGGGGGUGACGGUGCUGGGGGGCGCCGAGCACGGCGAGUUUCCGUACGUGGGAGCGGUGUCCCCGGCGGCAGUGGUGACUGAGGCGGCGGGGCUGCCGGGCGGCGGCGAGGGCCCGAGGCUGGGCGAAGGGGAGCUGCUUCUGGAGGUUCAGGGGGUCCGGGUGUCCGGCUUACCUCGCUACGACGUGCUCGGAGUCCUCGACAGCUGCAAGGAGGCCGUCACCUUCAAAGCCGUCAGACAAGGAGGAAGGCUGAACAAGGAUCUGCGACAUUUUCUCAAUCAGCGAUUCCAGAAAGGGUCUCCAGACCAUGAACUCCAGCAGACCAUAAGGGAUAACCUUUACCGCCAUGCUGUGCCUUGCACGACCCGUUCUCCAAGAGAAGGGGAGGUACCUGGUGUGGACUAUAACUUUCUGACUGUGAAGGAAUUCUUGGACCUGGAGCAGAGUGGAACGCUUCUGGAAGUUGGCACCUAUGAAGGAAACUAUUAUGGGACACCCAAACCUCCCAGCCAGCCAGUCAGUGGGAAAGUAAUCACGACGGAUGCCUUGCAAAGCCUUCAGUCUGGCUCCAAGCAGUCGACCCCGAAACGCACCAAGUCCUACAAUGAUAUGCAAAAUGCUGGCAUAGUCCAUGCGGAAAAUGAGGAGGAGGAUGACGUUCCUGAAAUGAAUAGCAGUUUCACAGCCGAUUCUGGUGACCAAGACGAGCACACACUCCAAGAAACAACACUACCACCUGUGAAUAGUAGCAUCAUCUCUACUCCCAUCACGGACCCUUCUCAGAAGUUCCCUCAAUACCUACCUCUUUCUGCAGAGGAUAAUUUAGGUCCUCUACCUGAAAACUGGGAGAUGGCCUAUACCGAAAAUGGAGAAGUCUAUUUUAUAGACCAUAACACAAAAACGACAUCUUGGUUAGACCCUCGGUGCCUGAAUAAGCAGCAGAAGCCCCUAGAAGAGUGUGAAGAUGAUGAAGGGGUACACACCGAGGAGCUGGACAGUGAACUAGAACUGCCUGCUGGUUGGGAAAAGAUUGAAGACCCUGUCUAUGGUAUCUACUAUGUAGACCACAUCAACAGGAAGACACAGUAUGAGAAUCCAGUUCUAGAAGCCAAACGGAAGAAGCAGCUAGAGCAGCAACAGCAGCAGCAACAGCAGCCACAGCAGCAGCAGCCUCUGGCUGAAGAAUGGACAGAAGAUCAUUCAUCCCUUGUGCCUCCUGUGAUUCCAAGCCACCCCCCGAGCAAUCCGGAGCCAGCCAGAGAAGCUCCACUUCAGGGCAAACCCUUUUUUACACGAAACCCUUCCGAGUUGAAAGGCAAAUUCAUCCACACGAAGCUGCGGAAAAGCAGUCGAGGAUUUGGCUUCACCGUGGUUGGAGGGGAUGAACCUGAUGAGUUUCUCCAAAUCAAGAGCUUGGUCCUCGAUGGUCCUGCUGCCUUGGAUGGCAAGAUGGAGACAGGGGAUGUCAUUGUCAGCGUGAAUGACACCUGUGUGUUGGGCCACACACAUGCACAAGUUGUGAAAAUCUUCCAGUCCAUUCCCAUUGGUGCCAGCGUGGACCUCGAACUCUGCCGAGGUUAUCCAUUGCCUUUUGACCCAGAUGACCCCAAUACAAGUUUAGUGACUUCAGUGGCCAUUUUGGAUAAAGAACCCAUUAUUGUGAAUGGGCAGGAGACCUAUGAUUCGCCAGCUAGUCACAGUAGUAAAACUGGCAAGGUCAACGACAUGAAGGAUGCCCGGCCAAGCAGCCCUGCUGAUGUGACUUCAAACAGUUCUCAAGGUUACCCCAAUGACACUGUCUCAUUGGCCUCCUCCAUAGCCACUCAGCCAGAACUCAUCACUGUUCAUAUCAUCAAAGGGCCAAUGGGCUUUGGUUUCACCAUCGCAGACAGUCCUGGUGGUGGUGGCCAACGAGUGAAACAGAUUGUUGACAGUCCCAGGUGCCGUGGCCUGAAGGAAGGGGAUCUUAUUGUGGAGGUUAAUAAGAAGAACGUGCAGGCUCUAAGUCACAAUCAAGUGGUGGACAUGCUGAUCGAGUGUCCGAAGGGAAGUGAGGUCACGCUGUUGGUGCAACGAGGAGGGCUGCCUGUUCCCAAGAAGAGCCCAAAGUCGCAACCACUGGAAAGGAAAGACAGCCAGAGUAGCUCACAGCACAGUGUUGCCAGCCACCGAAGCUUACACACAGCAUCCCCAAGCCACAGCACUCAAGUGCUCGCCGAGUACCCACCUGCGGAAGCCUCAGCUCCAGACCAAACCGACAGUUCUGGGCAGAAAAAACCAGAUCCUUUUAAAAUCUGGGCCCAGUCCAGGAGCAUGUAUGAAAACCGACCUAUGUCACCUUCGCCUGCAUCGGGAUUGAGCAAAGGUGAAAGAGAGAGAGAAAUCAAUUCCACGAAUUUUGGAGAAUGUCAGAUUCCAGAUUACCAGGAACAGGACAUCUUCCUCUGGAGAAAAGAAACCGGAUUUGGAUUUCGGAUUCUGGGUGGAAAUGAACCCGGGGAACCUAUUUAUAUUGGGCACAUUGUACCACUGGGAGCUGCUGAUACUGACGGCCGCCUGAGGUCUGGAGAUGAGUUGAUCUGUGUGGAUGGAACACCAGUCAUUGGAAAAUCACACCAGCUUGUGGUCCAGCUUAUGCAACAAGCUGCCAAGCAAGGCCACGUCAAUCUCACAGUGAGGCGCAAAGUGGUGUUUGCUGUCCCCAAAGCAGAAAACGAGAUGCCCUCGCCAGCAUCGUCUCAUCACAGUAGUAACCAGCCAGCCUCACUGACAGAAGAGAAGCGCACCCCACAGGGCAGCCAGAACUCUCUCAACACCGUGAGCUCUGGCAGUGGCAGCACCAGUGGUAUUGGCAGCGGCGGGGGCGGGGGCAGCGGCGUGGUGAGCACCGUGGUGCAGCCCUAUGACGUGGAGAUCAGGCGUGGUGAGAACGAGGGCUUUGGCUUCGUCAUCGUGUCCUCGGUGAGCCGGCCGGAAGCAGGCACGACCUUCGGUCGGAUUAUUGAGGGGAGCCCCGCUGACCGCUGUGGCAAGCUGAAAGUAGGAGACCGGAUCUUGGCAGUAAAUGGAUGUUCCAUCACCAACAAAUCCCAUUCAGACAUUGUCAACUUAAUCAAGGAAGCGGGAAACACAGUUGCCCUCCGCAUCAUUCCCGGGGAUGAGUCCUCGAAUGCCACCUUGCUGACCAAUGCGGAGAAAAUAGCUACCAUCACCACUACACACACCCCUGCCCAGCAAGGGGCCCAGGAGACCAGGAAUACCACCAAACCAAAGCAGGACUCUCAGUUUGAGUUCAAAGCACCCCAGGCUACACAGGAGCAAGAUUUUUACACUGUGGAACUGGAAAGAGGAGCCAAAGGAUUUGGCUUUAGUCUUCGAGGGGGCCGGGAGUAUAAUAUGGACCUGUAUGUUCUGCGCUUGGCAGAGGACGGUCCGGCUGAAAGGUGUGGCAAGAUGAGGAUCGGUGAUGAAAUUUUAGAGAUCAACGGCGAGACCACCAAAAAUAUGAAGCAUUCUCGGGCGAUAGAACUGAUUAAGAAUGGUGGCCGCAGAGUUCGCCUGUUUCUGAAGCGGGGAGACGGCUCAGUACCAGAAUAUGACCCCAGCGGCGACCGGAACGGCGCCCCCUCCGGUGCACAAGGGGUUCCGCAAGUGAGGGCCGUGCCGCCCGACCGCCGGCUGCAUCCGUCAUUGGAGUCCAAUUACCCACCCGAUCUUCACAAAUCAUCACCCCAUGGGGAAAAGCGGGCCCACGCGAGAGACGCAAAAGGCAGCAGAGAGUAUAGCAGCAGACAGCCCAGCGAGCACCACACCUGGAACGGAACUUCUAGAAAACCCGAUGGCGGCGGCGGCGGCGGAGGCAGCGGCACCUGCCGACCCAAGGACCGGGCCGCCGAUGGCCGGAGAGAUGCGCAGCCCGAGCGCGUGGCAGUGGGGGCAGCGGCGGCCAAUGGACCCAAGAGGAGACCCCCGGAGAAGCGCAGGGAAGGCACCCGCAGCGCUGACAACACCCUGGAAAGGAGAGAAAAGCGCCGAGAUGAUGGGUCCCCGGAGCGCCGGCGGGAGCGCUCCCCGGCCCGCGGCAGGGACAGCUCGCCCAGCCGGCGGAGGAGGUCUCUGGAAAGGCUGUUGGACCAGAGGCGGUCUCCGGAACGCAGGAGGGCCAGCUCACCCGAGAGGAGAGCCAAGUCCACCGACCGGCGGCGGGCGCGCUCCCCGGAGCGCAGGCGGGAGCGCUCGCUGGACAGAAGGAGCAGAGAGGACAGAGGCGGCCUCCGCGAGAGGGAGGAGGUGAGCGGGAAGCAGGACGCGGGCAGGAGUCCCAGACAUCCCCCGGAGCAGCGAAGGCGACCCUACAAAGAAUGUAGCACCGACCUCAGUAUCUGAGGCCCUGGGUCCCGUUCCAACCUUUACUGUGUCAAAGGUUCUACGAGGCAGGUCGCGCGCGAACCUGAAAUCGGUGUCUUACCUAGGCAAGCUUCUAACACCUGAUGAUCCUGCAAAGAGAAUGAACAUUUUAUGCAUUUGAAAUCUUCUAAGAAAAAAAUAUAUAUCUGAAAAGUGUGUGCCUGAUGUAUAAUAUUAAAAAGAAAGUAUUUUUAAAAUGCAUACCUUUUUUUUUUUUGGAAAUUAUUUUGCCAAAUGCUGGCCCAAAGGGAUAUAGAGUUUUGUUUCUACCUAAGCUGUAGAAUGAUCAAGAAUCAUUCCCUUUUGGGGAGCUGCCUUUUUCUCUCCUGGUGAAAUGGGGCUGUUGGUCAUUUUCUCUAAGGGAAAUUAAGUGUCAUUCAUUUGAUAUCGACUGUUAUGUAGUGUUGUAGCGCUAUACUGUAGUCGGGAGUUUUGCUUCAAAGCAGAGAACAAAAGGGCAAAGAUUUACUUGUGAGAGCUGAGGACCCUUGGGGAUAGCAUAGGGUUGCCCAGUGACCCUAUAUUGAAGCCAACAGUCUAAGGAGACUACUAUUGCAAAUGAAGGAUAUGUUUAGCUGGAAGACGCAGCUCAAGAGAAUUUUAUGUUCUUGGAUUCUGGUUGGUUCAGAAAACAGUAGUUACACUUCCUGGUCCAGGAAGGCACAGGAGGAGAAGACAGGUUCCAUGGCACCUCCACCAGCUGGUGAGAUUUCACGUGGGGCAGGGCCAGUCAUUUGGCCAGCUACUAGGAGCAGGCAGACACCUCUGUGUUGUCACAUUGGAGGCUGUUUGUCGAAUGGUGCGGGGGAUAACAUGCCCAUAGGAAUAAGCCCUGCUUUUAGCAGAAGAUGUCUGUGGUUACCUUGUGUGAAAACUGGGGAGGAAGGAAUGAGCGGUGGUGGAGGGGACAUCUCUGUUGAUACUGCAAGAAGUGAGGGUUGGGGGUGCGUUCUCAGAAAGGCCCAUUGCACACUGAAACUGUAAUCUAAGUGUCUGGGAUUGAUGGAAUAGGAAGGAAGAACAGGAUCCGAGUGUUCUAAAACACUCUGGGAAACAUCUACCUUCAGGACCCUGUCUUUUGAGUCUUUGGGACAGCAGAACCAAAAUGUUGAUCAUCCUUUCAAAACAGAUCCAUUCUUUUUCAAUCUUGUGGGAGAGGUGAUUGGGUCUGGGAGAUGGCGAUUGUGUCGGCCGUAGCCCCAGGGUGUGGUUAGAGCGGAUUACUGCUUAGCUGAGCCAAAACGUUUGCUUGUACCUAUUGGACCACUACAGCAAACCGCUGCUGUCAGUGCAUCGUGUGUUUCUGUAGUACUGUUCUGCAUUUUCCGUACAGACACAAAACUCUGCAAGUCAAUCACUGUUGUUCCCAUGGUACUGUAAAAAAAAAAAAGUGAAUAAAAAGAGAAAGCCAGCCAAUCAUAGUGUGUACAGACUUUAAAAUUGUAAUUAAUAGAGCCUGUUGAAAAAAAAAAAACAACUGUUGCCUUCUUUUCUUGUACAAAAGAGAAUUUAUGACAAAAAGUUUAGCUGUGAGGAAUGUGAUAUGUGUUUAUAUUUCUGAAUAUGGAACAAAUUGAUUCACGGGGGUAUAUUUUAAUGUAAACUAAAUCAGGUAUGUAAAGUUGUUUUAAACCAGGAUACUGUAUAAGUAAUUCUCUAAAGCUUUAGUUGGUUUGAAUAUCAUCACUUCCUCCACGGUGAGCCUGCUUGUGAAUUAUUAAGCACUUGUUUGCCAUCUCUGUUCAUUCAUUUAUUUCUUGCAGUGUGCGAUGGACUUAAUGCUGUUUCUGUAUUGAUGAAAAGCAGUAUGGGGGCCAAUCUUUUUAUAAAACACUAUGCAUAUAUAAAUAUUACAUUGUUCAUAGCUUUAUUUGACACAUGGGUUUAUACACAACAUUAGAAUGAGUAGAUAUAGCUGUGUGGCCAUGUAUAAAACAAGUUCCUUUCCAGGAACAGACACAUUGUGGGUUCUGUGGCUUAAGAAGGAGGGAAAGGUGAGGAGGGCUGUUGUUAUUGCAGUUUUCCAUACAGAGCACAUUAAGCUGUGGUAAGAAGGCUAAGGAAGAGUCCGACUGAAUGAUGACAUUUCUUCCUCCUCAGUUCUCCUCAGAGCCAGAUUUGAGAUUUGAUGCAGAAGGUUCCAUUGGCUAGGAUUUUUCUUACUGGUUCUUGCAAAAUCCGUAAUGUUAAAUGACACCUGCUUUCAAUUGUGGUCCAGAGUUUUAAAUAAAUGAAGUCAAGGUGAAUUUCUGGAGUCCAUCCUGAAGUGAACCUCAUGAUGUCUGUCUUCUUGUAAGAGAUAAUAGUUGACAUUUUCAAAAUCUUAUGUGCUACCCAUCUGGACUUGCCUGAGUCCAUGGGCAUUUGGUGUGAUGGUUUCAGCUGAACUCCACGCACCAGAUUUGCUUUGGAAAUAUUGUACUGUACAGGGACUAUGCAUUCAGCAGAAAGAUAGGGGUUUCUUUGAACUACUGUAACCUUGAAUUGAAAACCGAUUCUUUUGAGCCUACUUUCCCUAAUCCCCCACUUCAUGUCAAUGUCUUGAUGAAAGGUGAUGGAUGAAUAUUUUGUGUGAUUCAGUCCAACCAUGUAGGAGUCCCCCUCCUUCCAUUAUACAAUGGAUGCCUGAAAGAAUGUUGGGAGGAGGGCUCAACACCCUACUUGUAUUUUUUAAGUUUCUUUUGUGAAAGAUUUUGUAAUGCAUUUUUACUGUAAAAAUACAUGGAAAUGUAUGCAUUCCAUAA